UAGUGCAGCAGGAUGAUCAUCGAAGUUGUCGAUGACAAAACAGCGACAUAGCGCGAUUUAUCGAUACACAAUCUACGCGAUUUGUACGAAUGAUUCGAAGUUCGAAUUGAAACUAUAAAUCACAUUCCAGUUAAACGUCGCAAACAAUUUCUUAAUUUUGCAACGUUCGUUAAGAAUCAGCGUCGGUUCAAAGAUCUUAUGCAAAUCGACGCUCGUUCGCGGAGGCCAUUAAGGUUGUUGAAUUGAGCAAAAAUGACUGGUGGUAUGUCCAAGGUCGUAAGAAGUAAAAAGAAUCGAUGACCGGAGGAUGGACCGAGUGAAAGCCGAUGGGUGGUGUACGCGUCCAUCUCUCUUCUUCGCGUGUGCAAUAGACAAACGAUGCUCGUCGCAGCAUCUUCUCGUUACGUUUACGAUUCACGGUUCGCACGUGCGAAACGGACGAUGACUCGGUAGUAUGAGAUGACAGGUUAAUAAAUAAAAUUUGAUAAUGACCUUCCUGUUCAACCGCGUUCGAUCCUUUCCGAACAGUUUUCAAGCGGUUGGCUGCGAAGGAUCAAAAGUAGGGGGAAACCGUAAAGCGGAGAUGAACGAAGUUGAUGCUGGAUAGCGUCGGAGAGGAGGAGAUUCGCUAAAUCCGGUUUAAAAAUUAGAAUGAACCUGGUGGAGGGGAUAAAAUCUGUACUUUUCGCGUAUAAAAGUCUUCCACCUUAAAGCACGUGCACAUUUCGAUCGUAACCAACAAUUCGGUUUGUUCUACCAAUUUUGGCAAGAUGAAUCCACGAUACGUUUGCGCACUGAUGAUGCUGCUGCUGGUCGACGGUAUGCAAGCCCGAUCCUUGCUCGCGUUCGACGAACAGUUCACGGAAGAAACGGAGGAAGCGGUGGAAACGGUGGAAGCAGGCGGUAACCUGGAAACGGUGGAAACGGAAAACGUCGAAGAAACGGAGCAAACGGAAAACUUCGAAGAAGGACUGUUUCGCGUGAAAAGAGCUCCGCUAGGAAAACUAGCUUUGCUCGGAGGAGCAGCUCUCCUCGGCAAAAAAGCUCUUUUGCUCGGCGGCGCUGCCGUAGGAGCUAAAGCUCUGGUUGGUGCAGGAGCUCUCGGUGCAGGCUUGUACAAAGCUAAGCAUUUUGGCGGCGGUUACGGGGGCGGUUAUGGUGGUGGUUAUGGUUACCAUGAUGUCUAUGUGGGCGGACACUCUCAUUACGGUCACGUUGAACCAGGCUGGUAUUAAUAGUGACCGAUUAGCGUAUACCGAAG